AUGGAUAGCUUUAACCAAACAGUGGAGUUGGCUGGGUCGAGCCAUACCAACCAAAUUUUCAACUUCCUAACAUCAAAUAAACAAAUCAACUACUUUUACCAAUUGUAUUUAUCAGCAUCUUGGAUUCAGAUUGUCAUUGCAUCGGUUGUGUUGAUUUUGUCGUAUGACCAAGUCAAAUAUCAACUAAACAAGGGGUCAAUUGCUGGACCCAAAUUCAAGAUUUGGCCGAUUAUCGGUCCAUUUUUGGAAUCAUUGGAUCCAAAGUUUGAAGAGUACAAGGCUAAAUGGGAUAGUGGUGCUUUGAGUUGUGUUUCCAUUUUCCACAAGUUUGUUGUUAUUGCAUCGACAAGAGACUUGGCAAGAAAGAUUUUGUCGUCACCAAAAUAUGUCAAACCUUGUGUUGUUGAUGUCGCUAUCAAGAUAUUAAGACCAACCAAUUGGGUUUUCCUUGAUGGAAAGGAACACACUGAUUAUCGUAGGUCUUUGAAUGGUCUUUUCUCACAAAAGGCAUUGGAGGUUUAUAUCCCAGUUCAGGAGAAAUACAUGGACAUCUAUCUCGAGAGGUAUUUAAACUACAAUGGACCAAGGAAAUUUUUUCCAGAAUUUAGAGAAUUACUUUGUGCAUUGUCCUUGAGAACUUUUUGCGGUGAUUACAUUACUGAAGAUCAAAUUUCAUUGAUUGCUGAUAAUUAUUUCAGAAUCACUGCUGCUUUAGAAUUGGUCAACUUCCCCAUCAUUAUCCCAUACACCAAGACUUGGUAUGGUAAAAAGAUUGCUGAUGAUACCAUGAAAAUUUUUGAAAAUUGUGCUGCCAAGGCAAAAGUACACAUUGGACAAGGUGGGAAACCAACUUGUGUCAUGGAUGAGUGGAUCUACCUUAUGAAGGAAGCUAAAGAUAAACAUUUGGAUGAUCCUGAAUCAAAAUUGUUGAUCAGAGAGUUUUCCAAUAGAGAAAUUAGUGAAACCAUUUUCACCUUUUUAUUUGCUAGUCAAGAUGCUUCAAGUUCCCUCGCAUGUUGGCUUUUCCAAAUUGUCGCUGACAGACCAGACGUUGUUGAAAAGAUCAGGGAGGAACAAUUGAGGGUCAGAAAUGGUGACAUGAAUGUCAGAUUAGACUUGGAAUUGAUUCAAAAGAUGAAGUACACAAACAACACUGUCAGAGAAACUCUCAGAUACAGACCACCAGUUUUGAUGGUGCCAUACGUUGUUAAGCAAAAUUUUCCAAUAACUGAAUCUUAUACUGCACCUAAGGGCUCCAUGGUUAUCCCUACUUUAUACCCAGCAUUACACGAUCCUGAAGUAUUUGAAGAUGCUGAAAGUUUUAUUCCAGAACGUUGGGAAAACCCUACAGGAGACAUGGAUAAACGUAACUGGUUACCAUUUGGUGUCGGACCUCAUGUCUGUCUUGGUCAAAAGUACGUUUUAAUGUUGUUCACCGGUAUGCUUGGUAAAUUCCUUGUGGGAGCCGAUUUGGUGCACCACAAAACAGACUUGAGUGAAGAGAUCAAGGUGUUUGCUACGAUCUUUCCUAAAGACGAUUUGAUCUUGGAAUUCAAGAGGAGAGUGUAA